AUGCAAUCAUUACCUACCAUGGCAGGUAACGCUCCAGCACCCAGCUCCUCAGGUGACAGCACCCUUGUAACGGAACUUAGGGAUGCUAUACAACGUAUCCAGGCACUCGAACAGAAAAUGACGCAAGUGUCAACUACCGGUACUGCAGCAGGUGGAGACAAUCGACUAAUCGGGACGGUUGAACCAUUCUUGGGAGCUUUCGGAACCCUUGAUACCUUCCUGACCCAAAUGACAAUUUACUUUGCGAACAAGGAACUCGUCACGAUUCAUAAGAUUCAGAAUGUCAAACAAGUCAGAUCUGUUAGGGAAUACAUCUCGAACUACCUUCGAGUGUCCAACGGCCUCAAGUAUAGUGAUCAAGGACACCGCGACCAGUUCUAUCAAGGACUCAAAAAAAGCGUCAAGGAUAUGAUAUCUAUAAUGAACCCUCGACCAGAAACUUUUCGAGAUAUGAUAAAAGUUGCAUCACGAAUUGAUUUACAACAAUAUAACCGUCAAAUGGAAAAGAAAAGCCACGGUUAUUUUAGAGGAAAUCAUCAAACUAGUAUGUCACAACGAGGAGGGCCUCAGUAUGACAAAGAUGGAGAUAUUAGGAUACAGCCUAAUUCCGCGAUUAGCAAGAAAGAAAUGGCACGGCGCAAGAAGGACAAGGCCUGUUACAAGUGUGGGCGAAAGGGACACUUUUCACGACAGUGUAGGCAAGAUCAAAAAGACCAGAACAAUGACGUCAGCUCUCACGGGGUAUCGGUUGCCCACCAAAACACUACUCCCGAUGAGAGUGAUGAAGAAGAAGAUUCACAUGUCGACGAAGUCAAGGACUUCUGGGGACCAAUAAUAGAAAAAAGACAGGGCUUGGAAAGGGAACCACCCCAGGAAGAAGCUAAACCGGGAGAAGCGCACCCCCAUCAACAGUCCGGUCAGAACGGAGAAGGACAAAUCGAACGCGGUAAAACCCAGCACCCCCUGAUGUUUCGAGACGACGGGAGAAAUAGCCAUGAGGCCUCAAACCGAGAACAAAGGAGAACCCUGCAACAGUUAGAAGUAAACGGCUGGCUACUAGAAGGAAUCCCCCAGAUCACUAAGGAACAAUGGAAUUUGGUCCUAGGAACAACCACGAAGGACAAGGAAACACAGACAGAAAUCCCCGAAACAGGAAGUGAAUCCACUGAAACGACAAGCAGCUUUCAGGAAUUCGACUACAAGGAUCCUACGACGAAGUUAUGCAGUUGCACGAUACCAAAAGCCACAAGCUGGGAAGACUCCAUCCAAACCUGGAAACAUCAUGCUUGA